UUUGUCGUCGCGAGAGCGGAGCUUCCGGCAAUAGUCGAAGAAAGAUGGCCAGUGUCACCCCCGCUAGCCCACGGAUUCUCACAGUUUAAUCCCCUUUUUACUGCCUUCACCCAGAGCCAGUGCGACGUAUAAGCACGUCUGUGUGGAGAAAAGCAGCCUUUGAAGCGCGCCCCGUUACGCGCAGAUUGCUUUUUGGGGGAGGGGGUUCUCUGCCCCGUCAGCUGUCCGUCAACAGUCCGGGUUCGUCAAACUCCGCUGGGGAAGACAUGGCAGCUCCCGUGAACAUCCAAACUCCGAGUAAAACCUGGGAGUUAAGUCUGUACGAGCUGCACAGGAGUCCACAGGAGGCGAUCAUGGACGGGACAGAGGUGGCGGUUUCUCCUCGGGCCCUGCACAGUGAGCUGAUGUGCCCCAUCUGUCUGGACAUGCUGAAGGACACCAUGACCACCAAAGAGUGUCUGCACCGCUUCUGCUCCGACUGCAUCGUCACAGCUCUGCGAUCGGGCAACAAAGAAUGCCCCACCUGCCGGAAGAAGCUGGUGUCCCGGCGCUCUCUUCGCAAGGACUCCAACUUCGACGCUCUGAUCUCCAAAAUUUACCCGAGCCGUGACGAGUACGAGGCCCACCAGCGGCGCGUGAUCGAGAGACUGAACCGCCUCCACAACCAGGAGGCUCUGAGCUCCAGCAUCGAGGAGGGUCUGAGGCAGCAGGCGCGGUACCGGGCCGAGAGAAACCACCGUGUGAAGAAGCCGACCCAGGAGAGCGACAACACCACGUUCAGCGGCGGCGAGGACAACGGCGACUCCCGCUCUCACCUGUCCCACGACUCCGCCCCCUCCCAUGCCCCGCCCGUCGCAGGGCACACUUGGUCGGAGGCGGGGCCGAGCCGUAAGCGGGCGCGGCCGUCGGAGGAGGGCUCGGGGCACGAGGCGGACAGCGGCAGAACCACGCCCCCGCCGCGGCGCCACAAGGACGGGCCCGUCUCCGAGAUCGAGCUGGUGUUCAGGCCCCACCCACAACUGGUGCAGCCAAAUGACUACAGCCAAACCAGAUAUGUGAAGACGACGGCCAAUGCCACCGUGGACCAUCUCUCAAAAUACCUGGCCCUGCGCAUCGCUCUGGAGGAGGGACCCUCUGCAGGAGAGGCAGAGGAGGCCCCGGGAGCAGGCGCAGAGAGGGGCCCCCCAGCAGCAGCAGCACAGGGCUCCAGUCUGCAAAGCGUCAGCGAGAAACAGUACACCAUCUACAUCAUGACCAAAGGACAGUUCUCUACGCUGAACGGCUCCCUGACUCUCGAGUUGGUCAACGAUAAAUACUGGAAGGUCAGGAAGCCUCUGGAACUUUACUACGCUCCAACCAAAGAGCAGCCGCCGCCUCCUCACGCUCCGACCAAAGAGCAGCCUCCGCCUCCACCGCCUCCGCCCAAAUCCCCGGGGCUGCCGCGGGACGCCCCCUAGCCGCUCCCGAAGGAAACGGCAGGCGCUGUACGUGCAUUCACAACAAAAUGUUUGUCUGACUACAACGGAAGGAUGUGUCACGAUGUGUUUGGGACUGUUCUGACUCGAUGGACUGAAACUGUGGGACUGAACUGUGAUUUCCAAAAGUUGAUUUGUUUGAGUUGAAUCUUCUUUGUUUACCUUCAGCCCUUUAAAGGAACUGGAUGUAAGACUUUGAUUUAAAAUUUCAUAAACUCGACCUUGUUCCCCAAUACACGAUAAACAAAUCAAAUGUAGCUUUUACUGACAAUAAUAAUGCUGAUUUAUUCUUACAACAAAAAAGAUUUAACAUGAUGUCCCAUUUAUUUAUGUUAUAAUGUUUUGGUUCAAUCAGAAAGCAGAAUGAGCCUCACGUGAGUCUGAAAUCCAGUUGGUUAAAACCUAAAAGGACUCUUACAGAAGCCGCUCAUAACAAACAGAAACGCCGCAACAAAUACAAACACGAUGGCACAAAUGCAAAAGCCACAACAAACCAAAAAGCCACAACGGAAGUGACCGCGGGACUGUAUUUUCCGACGGACCAAGCGACGGUCAGACAGUGACAUCGAUCCUGGCUACAAAACAGUAAAUUACUUCUAACACAAAAGUUGAAGAAGGACAAGAAUGUGAAAAGGAAAAGGAAAAGAAACAGAGAAGUGAACGAAGUUGGAAACGUAAGUAAAAGUAAUUUAUUAGAAAAAACUAAAAUGUGGCUGUUCGCUGCAGGUGUUCCAAUCAGUGGGAGCAAGUAAAGGGUGCUCUUGGAAAAAGGAUCAAAACUUUAAAACGCAACAAAUUCCAGGCGCUCCAAAGAAGUAAAAAUCGCACAAGGAAAAAUAUAGUUAAAAGGCCUUUAUUUAAAUGGCCAAAGCCAACACGUUUCAACCAAACUGGAUCUUCAUCGGGGCUUAGUGGGAUGAAGAUGUGCCUGGGGUCCCAGUGAUGUUCAUUUUGUCUUCUUAUAUACUUUAACUUCUUAGGUUCUUUUUAAAAACAAUGCAGUAAAGUGUAUUUGCCUUGUUGACAUGUUAACGAGGUUGUUAACAAGUUCAAACGCUGGAUCAGGGAGGCCAUUGAAAUCAGGAAACGAGGCACGGGCAGCAUUAACCGUGAUGACGGCGCGUUCCUCCUUUCACACACCUGGGACGCCCUCCUCCAGAGAACACCGGGCGACAGGAGGCGUGGUCAGUCUGAGCGACCAUCCUGCAGGUCCAUCAGGUCUGACCACGCCCACAGGAAGUAACAACAGCUGAUAUACGACACGUCAACACCAACAUCAGGGACAGUUCUGAAGAUGCAGCAGAAGCAGCCGAAACAUGUCAACAAGGUAAACACACUUUACUGCUUUGUCUUUAAAAAGAACCCAAGAAGUUAAAGUGCCUGGAGUCCGUUGUGUUUUAAAGUUUUGAUCCUUUUUCCAAGAGCGCCCUUUACCUGCUCCCACCGAUUGGAACACCUGCAGCAAACAGCCACAUUUUAGUUUUUUUAAUAAAUUACUUUUACUUACGUUUCCAACUUCGCUCACUUCUCCGUUCCUUUUACUUUUACUUUUCACAUUCUUGAUCAUUUAACGUUCCGCUUGGUCCGUCAGAAAAUAGAGUCCCACGGUCACUUCCAUUGUGGCUUUUUUUGGUUUGUUGUGGCUUUUUGUUGUGUCGUCGCGGCGUUUGCGUUUGUUUGUUAUGAGCCCUCCAAGCUUCCCUACUCUCUGGACGCUGGAGGUUCUGAGUUUUCACAUGAGCGUGACAAAAACGAGUGUCCCCUAUCUGCAGGUUAAGGCUCUGGCGAAAGGUUUAGUCGUGAUUUUACAUUUUUCCGAACGGUAAUCUCGCAGGUUACAUACAGUUCCUUUUCAAAAUCUGUGUACAUUUCUAUUAGUGACCGCUGCUGCUUUCUGAACACUGCCGCUGACAUCUUCGAAAUUUACGAUGUGACGCCUCUUCUCAAAGGACAAGCAAACUUCUGAGCUUCAGGGAAAUAAUGAUGCAAAAAAACAGAUGUAAAUAGAUUGUAUGUAUUUUAUAUGUUUUCUGUCUAACUCUGCAUUUGCGAAGCUUUAAGAGCGCGACGGAAAGGGCGACGUUCUCAGCUGAAGAAUCGAUGAACCACACGACUGUUGGCUUCUGUCCGAUAUUUUCUCAACGUUUUGUUUUGCUUCUGUAAACUGUAACUUCAUCGUUAUCCAGUGGACAGCACAAUACAGGAUACCAUCAGUAAUCCUGUACAGCUACUUAAAGAGGGGGUAUUACGUGAAUUAUUAUUAUUUUUUAAACUUUCUACCGUGAUAUAAUGUUUCCUCGUCAAAAACCUACCUGAAGUGAUUUUAGAGUCAUGACGUCAAACUCAGUGGAUGUAGACGAAGCCGAAGACAAUUCUGUGUUGGCAACGAUUCCCAAGAUCGAGGAUUUAAAGCGGGAACAAAGAGAAUGUUUGGUGAAUUUUAUCAAGAGUAAAGACAUUAUUGUCCUUCUUCCUACGGGAUUUGGCGCAUUACAUACGUCACGACUAAACAACAGCGAUUGGUUAAAAAAAAAAGUACCCGCCUAAAGUCGAGCGAACGAAUCCUAAUGCUGCGAGGUCAGACGGUUUCCACAAAGUGAAACCGGCUGAUGAAUCUGGCUGGACCUCUCCUGGGUCCUAUUCAAAUCCUCCUUACGGUUAACUCUUAAGAUUCUGUACGAGGCUCCGCCCACACGCCUACGUCACUCAUGCUCCAACGCGACAAUUUUCCAUAAAUAUACGAAAACAUGACACAAAACGUUACGCUACAACUUCACAAACCCGAUGCGAUGUGCGGUAGUUUCAUUAGCGAGUCGUGGUAGCGCUCUGAAGGGGGAGCGACUUGGAUGGCAUGGAAAAACGUGAAUAUAGUAGGGAUGAAUGAUUUUAAGAAAACAUUUAAUUGCGAUUUUUCUGGCAGAUAUUGCGAUUUCGAUUUCAAUCAUGUAUUUUUUUCAAAUUAAGUUUCAGUGCACAUGAACUUUUGCAAACGUCACGGAAACUUACAUCAUACCAGAGUCCUGCACCGAUGAUUUGACGCUGGACCGUAAAGCCCAAUUUCCGCAGACAAUAAGGGCUGUGAUUGGUCUUAUCUACCACCCACUCUACAGAAAUUUCCUGUACUCCGCUUUCCUUUCUGAGUAAUAGUGUGUUUAAUGCAGCUUUGCGCACAUUUGUUUACAUUUUACAGAAACGAAACUUAAAACCGCAUGGCUCAUUUGCGUAAACUAUAAGCGCUGGAAAAAUCAGCUCGCUCCUUGUGCGCUGAUGCGGUUCAACUUCUGUUAGACUGAAGGACAUGAUUCGGUGAAAUAUUUGUGUUCUUUCUGUGACACAGGAUGUUCUGCUGAUGCCGAGUCUGUUCUGUUCUUCUGUUGCGUUGGAGAUGGUUCGUGUUAAACUUUACACAAACCAAAAGAAACCGAAAACGCACACCAAAAUUCUUGUAGAGCUGUAAAUGCAAGGAGCAGCAAGACGAAAGUGAAAAAAUGCAUAGCCACACUCGGAUGUCCAAAAGCUUUUUUUAUUUUUAAAAUAACGUUUCGGCAAAAAGAAAAGCGUUCAGCAGAUAUUUUUCUUGCUUUGGACCCCAGCACACAAAAUGGUUGCCAGCCCAGGUGCUCAUAUCCCCCUCCAACGAAUGGGAGGUCCCAAAGUGAUCUCCCACAUAAUUUAUUAUUUACACACAUAAUGUACUUUUUCACACCAAGUUUAAAUCCCAGCCUCUUAACUUCACAGCCGACACAGAUCCAUAAAUCAAACUUCACCCUUGAAUUGGGCUUUAGAAGCACUGCAAAAAAAAAAUAAAAAAAAAAUGUGGCUUUGACAAUCCCAAAAUUAAGUUUUCUGUAAAAAUUUGAUUAUUUUUUAAGCGGUUGCAUUUUAUUGUUGUUUUUGUGGUCAUAAGAGUGAAAACUAGUGAGGUUUUGAGCAACAGUAGAGUGGAAAGGAAUUAAACUUUACCCUUAAAUUGGGCUUUAGGAGCACUGCAAAAAAAACAAAAAAACAAAAAAAAAAUGCGGCUUUGACAGUCCCAGAAUCGUAUUUUCUGAGUUUGCGAUUUGCGAUAAAUCGUUCAGAAUAUCAUAUUUUCAAAACGGUAACACAGUGAUCUAAAUAUGUGAUGUGUUUGCAGUGAAUACCCCCUCUUUAAACUUCGCUCUUUAGUUCUGAUUUCAUUUAAAGAGUGUCGUUAUGAACUGCACAGAGACUCUUCAGGAAAACAAAACGUCCGGUGUGUGUGGAUCUUCAUUUCCAUUUCUCCGUCUACACUUUUGUUCAAGACUGAAAUCUUAAAAGCCAGACGCUCAUUUUCACGAGAAACACUUUAACUCAUCAUUAACAUAGAUUUCUUUCUUUCUGGCUUGUGCACUUCUUUCCCACUAUUUAUUUGCCUAUAGAACAUGCUUAUUACCUUUAGCCGACUCUGUAAAGGUUAAUUUAUUCACGAGCAUUAAACGUUUCACUCUUUUCCACUUGUA